AUGGCUGACACUGGACGUCAAUCUAUGACCGACAAGGCUGCUGCUUCUGUGAAGCCCGACUCUCAGAAGUCGAUGACCGAGAAAGCUGGCGAGCAGGUCAAAGGAGUGUCUGAUUCUAUCGCCUCUACUUUGCAACCGCAGAGCGAUAAAUCUGCCACCCAGAAGGCCGGCGACACGCUGAGCGGAAACUCCAACGAAGGCCAAGAAUCUUUGACGGACAAGGCCAAGCAAACCAUGGGCAUGGGGGAUGCGGAAAGGAAGUAG